GAGUUCUGUAGCUAAGUGGACGUGGCCAAAGAAGACCACGAAGAAGACGGGAGCAAAGGACACCCACCUGAAAUCGUAGUGGAAGGAGUUAAAAGGUUUUAUGAAUCAAGAGAAGCAUAGAUUAAAAAACAAGCACAUUGCACUGCACCCACACACACACGCCCUGCGGCCUCGCUUGACUGGGCUACUCCUUCGUGUGGAACCACCUUCCAGAAAUUAUAUCCCUGCUCUAAAAGAAGACCCGCCGAUGCAGAAGGAAUGUGACCGCCACCGAAUUCUUCCCGUUGUCCUUCCUUUGAGUUUAGCAAAGAUACGUCAAGGACCGUCACUGGCGAAGGGGGCGUCCAAUGUGCUUUUCUGUGCCACUUCCAGGCUCCAUCUCCCAGCAGGAAGACCGGUUCUAUCCACCCCGGAUGGGUCAUUUUGGCUUUGCAGGACCCCACCUGACCUUGGUGCCACAGAUACGCCCAUCCUGAAGUGCCUCAGAGGCUCACUUGGGUUUUUCCUUCUGUGUUGAGUUCAUCUCCCUCACUCCGUCACCUAUACAGCCACCGGUCGGUCACAGCGGCUUGUCCAACUCAGGAUGACCAUGCCAGCCCCCAAGCUCAACCUCCGCUCCUUGACCUCUCCGCUGGGGAUUGCCCGGUUGUUUCAGAUCUUCUUCUCCUGCAUGGCGUUCAGCCUCGUGGCGGUCCACGAUAGCUACCACAACUCUUUCGGGGAAUCGGCCAUGUUCACUUGGUGUUUCUGUUUUGUCAUUUCCAUCUUUGUCGUCGUGGUGGAGCUCAUCAGCGUGGCUGAAUCGCUGCCUUUCUCUUGGCAAGACUUCACCUCGGCCUUCUCCAUGCUGGCGGCUCUCAUGAUCUUCACCACGUCCAUCGUCUACCCGUCCGUCUUCAUCCCAGACCGCUGCAGUAGCCGGAGAUGCCGUUACGAGGCUGGGGCCACUUUCAUGUCUUGGUUUUGCUUUGUCGCCUACGCCACGGAAGUGGGCUUGACCCGGGCCAGAGGUGGAGAAAUCAGCAGUUUCCUGGCCUCCGUCCCUGGCCGCCUGAAGAUCUUUGAGGCCUACGUGGCUUGCCUGAUCUUCUCCUUGGUGGAGUUCAGUUCGUCCUUUAAGAAUUACGCCAGCCUGGAGUGGUGCCUGACGGUGUACUGCGUCUGCUUCAUCAUCACGUCGCUCAUUGUCAUCCUCACCAUUGGACGUUGUCUCAUGACCCUGCCCUUCCCCUUGCGGAAGGCCCUGGUGGGAUACCAUACGCUGGCUGUCCUCAUGUACCUGACGGCGGCCAUCUUGUGGCCCACAUACAGCUUCAGAAGAAUCUCAAGACCUCCAUGCCUCUUAAACACGGCCGUAUGCGUUGAGUGGAACAGUCGGCUUGGGGUGACCUUCCUCACGUUCUUCAACCUCUUUGCUUACAUUGCGGACCUCGUGUACUCUUCCAAGAUGGAUCCGUGACCACCGCAGCUUCGCUUCCUCUCCACAACGCUUGUUAUGACCAGGUUGCGGGGAAACCAUCAUCUCAAGAGCUUGCUUGGGCAAGGUGGAAGCUACUGGUGUGUAGCCUUCCGUUACCAUAAGUAAACUGAAAUAAAUGUCUACACUUCA